CGGCCCGUGACCGGAACCUGAAACUCGUUCGCUGCAGCGGAGCUGGCACUCGGGUUCGGAAGGAGCGUCCCGGGGGUACUGUGGGCUGACGGCACGAUGGCCUUGCGGAAGAAGGUAUUAUUGAAAGUGAUCAUCCUGGGAGACUCCGGGGUGGGGAAGACCUCGCUGAUGAAUCAGUAUGUGAACAAGAGGUUCAGUAACCAGUACAAAGCGAGUAUCGGCGCCGACUUCCUCACCAAGGAAGUGAUGCUGGGUGACCGGCUGGUCACCAUGCAGAUCUGGGACACGGCCGGCCAGGAACGGUUCCAAUCCCUGGGCGUGGCCUUCUACCGCGGCGCCGACUGCUGCGUACUGGUGUUCGAUGUCACCGCACCCAACACCUUCAAGGCGCUGGACAGCUGGUGGGACGAGUUCUUGAUCCAGGUCAGCCCGCGGGACCCCAAGAACUUCCCCUUUGUUGUCCUGGCCAACAAGAUCGACCUGGAGGCUCGUCUGGUGCCCAGCAAGCAGGCGCUGGUCUGGUGCCAAAGUAAAAACAACAUCCCCUACUUUGAGACUAGCGCCAAGGAAGCCAUCAACGUGGAUCAGGCCUUCCAGACCAUUGUCCUCAACGUUCUGAAGCAGGAGUCUGAGAUUGAUCUCUACAGUGAUGUCCCCGAUCAGAUUCGGCUGGACCAGGCCGACAGGGCGGCAGCGGAUGCAGACAGCUGCCAGUGCUGACCAUCGGAGGGGAGGGGGAUGGUGGGGGCUAAGCGGUGAGAUCCGGUUAUUUACCGCACUCUGUGCACCCCCUCACCUCGUUCAGGAAGAGGAAUGCUCACCUUCACUCUAGUAACCCUCCCGGCCGCCGCCUCCCUCUGGUGUGGGGCCAACUCCCUGCCAUCUGGGUGGGGCUGAGUCCUGCUCCCGAGAAACUCUUUCCACCUGGAUUAUUUGUUAAACCAAGCAUGUACCCCACGUGAAAUGGGGAAACUGAACGGCGGGACCCCUGACCCCAAGCUGGUUUGUCCCGUCAAGCCCUCAGUGACCUCCCUGGCCCAGGAUAGGAGAGGGAGGGGGCUGUCUCCAACCAGCGUCACCAUCUCAGGACGAGGCAGGAAUCCGUCUCCUCUGGGCUGGAUAGUAGACAAGGCAGACAGAGAGAGGUUGGAGCCCAGUGACACUCCCACCCCCUGGCCCACAGGAGAGGGUGGGGGGGGUGCUGUCUCCAUCUUUUGUGACUCUCUCACCCCGUCCCAGGCAAGGGAGUGGUCUGACCCUACCGGGCUGGGUAGCAGACAGAGUAGAAAGAGAACUGGGCGCCAGUGACACCACUCCCCGGCCCAGAAGAGGAUUCAGGGGCCAUCUCCAGCCUGUGUCACCUUCGCAACUGUCCCGGGACAAGGGAAGGCCUCAUGACCUCUGGGCUGGGCAGCAGGCAAGGGAGAGUUAGGGAUGGGCAUCAGUGACCCUGCCGCAGGAAGAGGAGGGGAAGGGCUGUCACCUGGGUGGAGGGAGGGGCCAGAACCCUCUGGCGCUGGGCAGUGGAGAAGGUAGUCAUACCCCAAUCCUGUCCCCUUUCUGGGAAUGGGGUUUGAGAGGGGGCAGGAGAGGAUGAUCAGGAAUGGUUGGACAGUGAUCUCCCCCAAAUCCCUGCCCUCCUGUCCCAGAUUGCGGGACGGGUGCAGAGGGAGGCCACACCGUAGUUUGUGUGAGGUCGGUGGAAGCAACAAGUGGGGACGCCCUGCCCCCCGCCUCCCAGGUAAAGGCUGGGGUCUCCCCACCAGCCCUGUCCGGCUCUCCUCCCCAUCUGCUUCGCCUAUCGGCCGCCUUUAGUGUUUGUGUUCUUUGGGAGGGGUUGGUGUGGAGGGUGGGGUGAUGUUUACAGAUUUCUGACUUUUCCCUUUCUGUAUUGCUCCCCCCACAACUUUCUCCCAGGCCAGAGUCCCCGAACUCCACAGUUUCCAGUUACCCACGCCCGCUGCCACUGAAGGUGGACCGGAACGGACAGCAGGUUAAUAAAAACUGAUCUGAGGUUCCUUCUGGAAUGGUCCUCCCCCACUCUUGAGUCUGGUGUCAGUCGGCACUCGCCCCUCCACCCUGGGGUGGGUGUUGGGGGCUGGAGUCGAACUCCCCGUCCCCGUCAAACACUCCUCGGUCCUCAGAGGUUUCGUUGUGCUGGGGUGGCGCGGCACGGAAAUGGGUUCCUCGACCCAAGAUAGUGCCCGUCUUCUCUUGUGUUUCUGCGUGUCUGUUCCCACCCUCGCCACAUGUCCCUCUGUGUACUGCUCCCAUAUUGACCCCCCCCCCACCGGUUUACCCGAGCCCCUCUGGCUGAGGCAGAGCAGAUCCCUCCAGUGGGGAGUUGAAAACUUCCCCGGACACUUGGUCCCGGGUCCCGCUGCCGACGUCCGGAUUUGGACUGCAGACGGUACAGUCGCCUCCCGUGCAGGAGCAGCGACUGAAGUGUGUGUGUGUGCGCGUGCGCGGGAUAGGUUUGUCAGGAGGGUCCGCGGAGCAUAAAGGGUUAGCACGGCGCGAUCACAUCGCGGGGGUUCGGAGUUCAAUUCCGGCGUCCCCUCGGGGAGGAGUUUCUACCUCCUCCCCCACGGACCGCGCGGGUUUCCUCCGGGUGCUCUGGUUUCCUCCCACAGUCCAAAGGCGUACCGGUUGGCAGGUUAGUUGGUCAUGGUGAUAAGGGUGCUGUUAAAUUGGGCGGCACGACUGGAAGGGCCGG